AUGCCGGAGACCACACACGUGACGAAUGAUGCUGCGGUGCCACAGAAGCACAUUGUGGAAAAGCCUCAUUUAAUGGAUUUAUUCCGCAGCUCGGCUUCCUUUGCAAAAAUUAUUGCUUAUUUGCAGGGAUGUUCAGACUCCGUCAAUGGGACACCGCGAAGUGCGAGAAUGGUGCAGAAGGCAUCGGAGCUUCAUCCGACAGUCCGCUUCUUCGUCGAGACGUUUUUCCCGCACCUUCACAAGAUUGUUGAGGAAGUGCCACUGCAGGACAUGAAACAACAGCGGUUUGGCAAUAGGGCAUUCCGUGUCUUUCACGAGCGUCUUGAAGCAGAUGUUGGCGGGCUGAUGCAGCAGCUGGUGUUAACACUGCCAGCGAGGUUGGGUGAGAGAAGUGAGGAGGAGCAGCGCUGUCUUGCCGUGGAACUGGCAGAGUACAUUAAAGACUCCUUUGGUAACAGUACCCGCAUCGACUACGGUACGGGACACGAACUACACUUUUUCGUUGUUAUUAUGAUAUGCCUGGAGGAAUGCGGUGAUGCUGGCGGCACGCUGCAGGCGGAGCCGACGACAAUUGUCUCGCUCAACUUCCCACAGCCAGCGCCGGUUCUGGUGGACAAAAGAGACCGUGUUUGCCGACUGCGACAGGGCAUGGUGUUCGAUGUGUUUGGUGCCUACCUCACCUUCAUGCGGCGGCUGCAGAAGCACUACCACCUGGAGCCCGCGGGAUCGCACGGGGUGUGGGGGCUUGACGACUAUCACCACCUCCCCUUCAUCUUCGGUGCUGCGCAGCUGAUCGGAAAGGAGGUGCCACACAAGACCGACGACAGCGGCAAUGGAAAGGGGUACGGCGCCAUCCUGCCAAAACACGUCUGUGAGGAAAACGCAGUCCGACUACACGCGGACGAAUACUUUUACUUUGCCCAAGUUGCCUGGGUGCGGGAGAAUAAGACAGGCCCCUUUUUUGAGCACAGCAGCAUGUUGUACAACAUCAGUGGCGUAGAAAGCUGGCAGAAGAUAUAUGCCGGCAUGAUAAAAAUGUACGCCGCGGAGGUUUUGUCAAAGUUCAACGUUGUGCAGCAUCUCCUGUUCGGCACCCAUUUGCCGUGGCCGCCGGAUGUGUAG